GGUGUCACAAAGUGAAGGGUAUUUGACUCAUCCUGAAGUUCUGAUGCCUCUGGGCCCUGGAAGCAGGCUACGUGUGUGCCUGUAUGUCUCUGCGUUUCUAUUCUUGUAAAUGUGUCUAUGUUGCCCCUGCUUACCUGUCUUCUGUGUCUAUCACUGAGUCAGUCUUCCUUUCGAUUUAGUACGAGCAAAGUUUGAGAAGGCAGUGAUACAACAGGUAGUGAGACCUUAUGGGCAGCUGAAGAUACAGGAAAGGUAGGGAGGGCAGGACCAGGGGCUGAGAUCCAGGUGUCCGGCUGUGUGCAGCUAAUGAUGACCAGCGCCUUGGCAACAAGUGACGGUUUUGCAAAGGUAGGGAGAGCAGAGACAGACGCCAAGCCUGCGUAAAAGCUACGCAUUUCCACCAGCGGACUAGGAGGGGCCGUUGCCAAGGGCUCCGGGGGGACAUGCGACAGCAUCCCCCCUUAGGCCCCCCAGUACCCCCGAGUCACAUGAGCUCCAGGAUCCAGUGUUGGGGCUGCGAGGCUGGCGCAGAGUGGGGUCAGCUGACGGCGCUGCGGCCCCUCGGCUUCAGUGAAGACAAGCAGGGACACCCUCCCGGACAGUCUGCAUAGCCGCUGUCCAGCCCGAUCCCGAGAUGGACCCAAUUGACGAGAAGAAGCUGCGGGCCCUGCAGAUGCUGCAGCCCCCCGGUCUGGGCAAGGGUCGAGCGCUCCUGGCCACUCUGCGGACCCUGAUGCUCUUCACCGCGGCGAUGAUCACCUUACCCAUUGGGCUCUACUUCGUGUCUAAGACGUAUCUCUUCGAAGGCAUGCUGGGCUUGCCGACCAUCGACAGCUACUUCUAUUCCGCGAUCGUGGCCGUGGUCUCCGUGCAUAUAGUGCUAGCUCUCUUCGUCUACAUGGCCUGGAACGAAGGCACCCGGCAGUGGCAGGAGGCGAGCAAGCUAGAAUAGGAGAACAGCAGCCCCGCCCGGAUGGCCCUCACCCACCCACCCACCUCCUAGCCCCCCGGCUGGGGAGGGGGGCCCAGCGGAAAGAUCCGGGGCUUGGGCAUCGUGGGCAUCCGUGGGGGCCGCUGCUUUCCACCCGACCCAUGAAUGUUUGAGGAGACUCCAGCGUGGAUAUUGUGCUAUGUCUCCAUAUUCCCUGUUUAUGACACCAGGAGAGAGAGCGGCCAUCACUUGCAGUGCCAGUCAAAGACUCCACAUAUUCUGUGAUAAAAACACCGGCUUGUCCUGGUACCAAUGGAUACCAAGGAAAAUUCCUCAGUUCUCCAUUUACUUGGUUUCCACUCUGUACUCUGGGGGGUCCAGCCUAAUUCAGUGGUGGUAGGUAUGGGAUAGAUUUCAUUAUCAAAAUCAGAAGCCAGAAAGCUGAAGAUUUUGCAGAUUAUUACUGAUAAUCAUCCCACCUACCAUAGUAUUCCAGUACCUAUUAUAGCCUUCCCCACCUCCCUGGACCUGUUUGGUUCUUUAGCUCAGAGGACCAUCUGAUUCAUCCCAAAACCUAUGUCCAGAGCAGCCGCUGUUCUCAUAUCAAGAUAUAGCUCAACUCUGCCCUAUGCUUUGGGGUCUGUUCCUCUCAUAAUCUAUAGUAUUAUUCCAAAAGCAGUAUGGGGUCAUGAAAGGAGCACAAGGUUCAGACUCAGAAAACCUGGUUUUGAAUCCUAGCUCUACCACUAAUUAGAUGCAAUUUACUUCAGUUUACCAAUCCACUGAAUAAGUAUAAUGAUUUUUUUUAAUCAUGCCACCUCCAUCAUAGAUGAACUUGUAUGUAAAUUGGAUCAAGUCCAGAUCUCAAUUUCAUCAUCUUAAUGCCACUGCCACUUCCUUGGUAGAUCUGGUCCUGAGGGGUUAAGAGUGCAAAUGUGCCAGGUCCACUUUUGUCCCUCUUAAGAAUGUCAUUGUAAAGCCACUGAAAGAUAUGCUUCAUUUCACAUCUAUUUGAUGUAUUUCUGGUUCUUAGCUAAAGUUGUUCUGCUGCUCUUUGGAAUCCCAUGUAUUCAUUCAUUCACUGCUUUUGCUUGUCCUGUGGAACAAUGACACUGGUCUUCUGCCCUUCUCUAUGUAGCUUUGCAAAUUGAGCUCGCAUUCCAAACUAUUGCUACCUGUGGCUAUUAUAUCUCUGCUUUGCAAAGUUGAGUGCCUGCUACCUGUGACAGUUUCUGAGCUCUUUUGAUCUUCUUGUUGUGACAACUAGUCAGCAUAAUUUGGACUUUUCUAGGAAAUGAUGAUAAAAGCAAUGCCUAUUAUCCAUUUCUGAUUUUGAGACCCCCCACAAUUUGAUGCUUACUUUAACCUUUUCUCUUAUCAGUAGCUAAUCUGAUUGUAUAACAUCAGCUGGUUUCAAAAUCACUGCUACAAUGGACCAAUGGUUUCCUGUCUUUUAAGAUAUCAUGUUACAUAUUUGGCACAUCAAGUGCUUUCCACACUUCUAUCAAAGAUAUUCACAAUUUAUUGAUGUGAGGCUUCUGAGUAGUCUACAAGUCUUUGACUCCUUUCCUUUCUUGUUCCUGAACCUUAUUCUCCAACAUAGUUUUUAUCAUCUCCACAUGCUCACUUCAGCAUCAAAAUUGUUUAUUUUGUUUAGAGAAUCUCAUUGAGUUCUUUUAAAAACAUUUUCUACCCUUUCCUCUGUAAUGGAUAUUGGUAUAUAAGCUUUAUUCACCUUUGCUGUGGUCUGUAAAAUUGGUGAAAACUUCAACAUGAGAUAACAAAAUAUAGCAUGAAAUGAUAUUUCUUGUUGCCUUGGAGUGUCAUGAAAAUAAUUUGACAUUUCACUUAUUUACUUUUCUAAAGAUCUACCAGCUAUUCUUCCAUUUUGCUGUGGCUUUGUUAUAGCUUCCAGUUUUAUUAAUAGCUAGAAUAGGGCUAAGUGGUUGGAUAUAUGCUAAAAUAAAUGCAAUUCAAUAUGGCAGUUGUUUUGCACAUUGUCUAAAUGAAAGGAUUUCUUGUUGAAGGCAAAGUUCUCCAAUUGCUUCUAUUUACAAGUGGCCUGCAUCAAGACCAGGAAUACACUUAAUAUUUAGUACAGUGCCUGGCAUUUAGUAAGCACUUAAAUGCUUGUUGACUGACUGAUUGACAGUAAAAUAUCCAGAAAUGUGAAAGAGCUUAGUGUAUCCAAUAUGGAAAAAUAAAGUGGAUGAAAAUUGAACAUUCCUCAAGUUAUAUCAUGGUGCUAGAAGGGUGGUCCAACUAGCUAGCACAUUGAUAUAUAUUUUAUGGGUAAUGAGCCUGGACCCAGAAUUUCAUAGGAAGAGAUUAGGUUGAAUUGCAUAUAGUGAAUUGUGCAACGCUUUGCUUUUAGUGAUCCCAAACUGCACUAUUGUGAAAACCCAAUUCUUUAAUGCUGUAUUUUCCCAAUGACAUUAUAAGCUGCUGAUCAUGGAAUACCACAUUCUCAGAAGACUCGGUUAAAGAUAGCCUAGUAGGCAAAGGAAAGAUGCAUGGCAGUAGUGAAUUGUUUGUAGCCUGCUACCAGUGAUGGCUUGUGCAUAAGAUUUGGCUCCAAAGGCAUUGAAGUGGGGACUAGCUCAAAAAGAAUGUGGGCUUCUCUUGUAGUAAAGAUGAGAAAAUGGAUGGAUAACUCAAGUGACACAUGGGGAUUCACAAGAUCCAAAGAGAACCAGAAGAAGCUCUUCACAUUGGCUGGAUCAUCUAUGAAGGGUUCUUGGAGAGAUUUCAUCAAGACUGACAGAAGGAUGAAAAGGCAGGGAUGAGUUAUGAAGUAAAGGAUUGCCAACAGAGUGGGGACAUCAUUUUUUGGGAAUGACAACCUUCUGGGUAUACCUUAAAUCAUGCCUGGCUGGCAGCUACUUUGUUGGUUAAGUCCCUGCAUUUAAAAGCCUGCUAUUUUAGAAGAGAAGCAAGUAGGUGAGAGCAGGAGCUAAGGGUUUGUCUCUCUCAACCCUAAAGGGGAAAAAGGGAAAGCUUAAUAAGAAAGGCAAUAAAUUGCACCUAAGUGUAUAUAUGUCUACAUCUUGCUCUAAAUGUGUUAUCUUUUAAAUAAAUUGUUUAGUAACAUCAA